UAAGGGCAGAAAGUGGCUUCGGGCUCCCCUUGCGCGCAUGCCCACUUGGCAGCCAAGUCGUGCAUAAUAGUGAGAAACGGGGGGAAGGGCGGCUGGGCUAUCGAGGCCGUUGUCAGUGGAGGGACUUUGCAAGGCUCUGAGGUGGCUUGGUUUCGCGCAUGCGGGGUACACGGCACGCCGGCUGUAGCUUUUGUGGCGGCGGGAGCUGCAAUCGCCGCAUCGCCUCUUUCGUCACAAGAGCGUGGAGCACCUGGGGGCGGGGCCACAGAACCGGGGGAGGCGGUGGCCAGCGGAGGAGGAGGAGGAGGAGGAGGAGGGGGACAGACGAGCGACGACGACGACGCCGGGGGAGCUGCUGCUGCCGCCGCCGCCUCAGCCGCUGAGGGUGUCCAUUUCCGACGGUUCGGCCACCGGCUCCCGCCUUCCUGAUGAGCCCGAGCUGCCUAACGCUCUCCGCUCCCGGGGGCGAGGGCUGGCGGGGGCGGCCGGAGGGGAUCUUUCUGCUGCUGCUCCUGCUGCUUCUGCCCCUGCCGGAGACGGAUGCCGCCGUCUCCGCCUCGCCUUCCUCCGCGUCGCCUGCCGGCCGGUGCGAACCCAAAGCGGAGGACGUGGCCGUUAGCCGCCGGAGAGGAAGCCCUGGCAUCGCCCCCGCAACCAGAGGCGCUCCGUCCACGUCGCCGGCGGCGGCCGAAAACCCGUCUCUGGGGACAGAUGCAUGCCAUUUACUGAGCCCACCGUGUUUUACUGAGGAAGAUAAAUACAACCUGGAAGCUCUCCGCACGAUUCAUAAACAAAUGGAUGAUGACAAGGAUGGUGGUAUUGAAGUUGAUGAAAGUGAUGAGUUCAUCAGACAAGAUAUGAAAUAUAAGGAUGCUUCUAACAAACAUAGCCACCUACACAGGGAAGACAAACACAUCACAAUUGAAGAUCUGUGGAAGCGCUGGAAAACAUCUGAAGUUCACAACUGGACUCUAGAGGAGACUCUUCAGUGGUUGAUAGAAUUUGUGGAACUUCCUCAGUAUGAGAAGAAUUUCAGAGAAAAUAAUGUCAAAGGAACUACAUUGCCAAGGAUAGCAGUCAACGAACCAGCAUUUAUGAUCUCUCAACUGAAAAUCAUUGAUCGGAGUCACAGGCAGAAACUUCAGCUAAAGGCUUUGGAUGUUGUUUUAUUUGGACCCAUUACACGUCCACAUCACAACUGGAUGAAAGAUUUCAUACUUACAAUUUCUAUUGUGAUUGGUGUUGGAGGCUGCUGGUUUGCAUAUACUCAAAACAAAACAUCAAAAGAGCAUAUCACAAAAAUGAUGAAAGACUUGGAAAGCCUUCAGACAGCAGAACAGAGCCUGUGUGAAUUGCAAGAACGGCUUGAGAAAGCACAAGAGGAGAGUCGAACUGUUGCUGUAGAAAAGCAGAACUUAGAGCGCAAGAUGAUGGAUGAAAUAAGUGAUGCCAAGCGGGAAGCAUGCCGUCUGAGAGAGCUGAGAGAAGGAGCUGAAUGUGAACUCAGCAGACUUAAAUAUGCAGAAGAGGAGCUUGUGCAGGUCCGCAUGGCUUUAAAAAAGGCUGAGAAGGAAUUUGAACUGAGAAGCAACUGGUCUGUUCCUGAUGCACUGCAAAAAUGGCUACAGUUGACUCAUGAAGUUGAAGUACAGUAUUACAAUAUUAAGAAACAGAAUGCAGAAAUGCAGUUGGCAAUUGCUAAGGAUGAGGCAGAAAAGAUCAAGAAGAAGAGAAAUACUGUAUUUGGGACAUUACAUGUCGCACACAGCUCUUCUCUUGAUGAAGUGGACCAUAAGAUUCUGGAAGCCAAGAAAGCACUUUCUGAAUUAACUACUUGUUUGAGAGAGCGUCUCUACCGAUGGCAACAGAUUGAGAAGAUCUGUGGCUUCCAGAUAGCGCAUAACUCAGGAUUACCAAGUCUGACUUCAUCGCUUUACUCUGAUCAUAGUUGGGUGGUAAUGCCACGAGUCUCCAUUCCACCAUAUCCAAUUGCAGGGGGAGUUGAUGACCUCGAUGAAGACACCCCUCCGAUAGUUUCUCAGUUUCAUGGGUCCAUUGUAAAAACUAGCACCUUAGCAAGGAGCAGUAGCAUGUGUCGUUCCCGGAGAAAUGUUGUGCCAUCAUCUCCUCAGUCACAGCACACAGCACAAACACAACAUGCUCCACAUGCACAAGCCACUUUGCACUCUGCAGAUCCAGACAUCCUUUCAGUGUCGAGCUGCCCUGCUGCUUAUCGUACAGAAGAGGAGGAGGAAGCCAUCUACUUCACUGCUGACAAGCAAUGGGAUGCACAAGAUGCCAUUUCUGAAUGUGACUCCUUCAAUUCCUCUGUUGGAAGGAAGCAAUCUCCUCCUUCAAGUCUUGAAAUAUAUCAGCCCUUGUCACCUCAAAAAAUAUCACGUGAGGAACUCUCAUUAGAAGAGUCAUCUACAGGAGACUCUUCUUCUGUAACCGCUGAUAUUUCCAGGGGUUCUCCUGACUGUGUUGGCAUGACAGAAACUAAGAGUAUGAUCUUUAGUCCAGCAAGCAAAGUGUACAAUGGUAUUCUAGAGAAGUCCUGCAGCAUGCACCAGCUCCCUAGUGGGGUUCCAAUCCCCAAGCCUCGUCACACCUCAUGUUCCUCCACCAGCAGUGAAAGCAAAGCUGCUCAUGAACCUUCUGCUGCCCCUCGGAUAAGCAGCACCUCACAAGACUUCUCUCAGAAUGGGGAGCGAUACAAAAAGUCCUCCAAAAUAAAAAGUCUCUUCAAGAAGAAGUCAAAAUGAAGCUGUGGGAGAAGGUGCUUAAAAGUGGCAUUGUUAGACUUCAUUGUUGUUUCAUUAUUUUUUAAAUUAAGAAUGUAGUUUCCAAGGUUUCCCAUGCUUCAAUGCCAAAGCAGGAAACCCUCUUAAGUCAAUUUCCUUUUUGGUUAAAUGACUUAAAAGUCGACUUGGGCCAGCUGUUAGAAAUUUAAAAUUUCAAGACAAUUUAAAGUAAUUGGUUUAUUUAUUUCUGCUUUUUUUUAGUUUAUAUACAAAACUUUUUAAAAACAAAAAAACAAAAACAAAUCCUACAACACUUUAACACAAGCUUUAAUGGACUAGUAAGCCAGCAUGGGCUUGCCAAAGUUUCUUCUUGUUUACCAGAGCAUCUUCUUAUCUUUCCACAAAAGCUAUGGCAUUUGCAUACUGGACAUUAAUAACUUUUAAAUAAAGUAAACUACUUAAAUUGCACUACUGUUUUCCUGACUGGAAAGUAUCUUCACAAGUGGACAUCUAGACUUGGACAGUGAUGGAAGAUAUUGGUUGUUUUGCUGUUGUUUUUUAAGGUCAUUUUUAUUAGGGACUAGCAUUUCUAACUAUUGAAUUCUGGAGCUGGAACCUCAUCUCCUCCACAGAAUGCUUACUCAAAUGUAUUUAGUAACCUAAUGGAAUGGGUCCUGCUGAAAAGAUCAUUAUUAUCCAGGGCUUUCACUGUGAUUUUUAUGCAUUGCACAGGAUGUAUGGUAAGAAAAAGAUUGAGAAAAGAUUCCACAUGCAGGUGAAUAAAAGUCAAAAUCAAGACUUGAUUUUGAAAGGCUUUUUAAGACAUUCAUAAUCUUAAAACUAGGAUAGGGACAACUGUGGGCACUUGUUUACAUACUUUGACAGACAACGGAUGUUUGAUUUGUGACUAUUUGUACUGUGGCAAAGAUAAUAAAUUGAAAAUAUUAUUGUUCUGA